CUGCCGGCCGAAAUGGGCCUCCGGGCUUCCCCUCCCAUCCCCAGCCAUAAGACGGAAGGGAGGGCACCCAAGACCAGCAGGCUCUCCUGCGUAAGGCCCAUCUCCCACUCCCCUUGCAGGGGAGGGCAGCGGCAGGCAAAACAUCUUGUCAGCUGGGAUGAAAGCCAGCUGGGAAGAUUUAGAGCUGAGAUGGAUUAGAUCUCAGCAGCCGCCUUGUUUUUGCGCUUGGCUUCGUCUCCGAAGAGGCCCGUGGUGUGCCUGGCACCCAGGAGUGAAACGGAACACUGUGGCGGUCCAAUCCAGCUCUGUCUCAGAACCUUCCCACGUUUUCCUCUUGGGACCACCACUCAUGCCGGCAGGGGACCGGCCAUGAACGCUCUGCUGGCUAGCAUCUUUCUGGGUGGAUUUUCUCAUCUCCUGGCAGGCAUCGAGUGUGCCAAUGACAUCGACGAAUGCGAAGGCCACCCUUGUGAAAAUGGAGGUACCUGCGAAGACACCAUCGCCGACUACAACUGCCAUUGCAUCUUCAACCCAGGUGGCGUAGCCUGGGGUGGGAAGAACUGCUCGGUGGAGCUCACGGGCUGCAAGACCCACCACUGCCAGAAUGGGGCUGUGUGUGUCCCCACCUUCCAGUCGGAGGCCCACGGCUACCUGUGCCAGUGCCCUCCUGGAUUUUACGGGCCCACCUGCUCCACCCCAACCACUUUCUCCCUCACGGACAACGGCUACCUCUUAAUCAACGCAUCUGCCGAUGAUAAGAACACCAGUGGUCACGGAGCCAGCGUGGCUCUCCGGUUCCGGACCACUCUUCUCAGUGGCCUCCUUUUCUACCGAGGCCACCAAACGGAGCAUCUGCUCCUGGAACUCUACGCUGGCCUCCUACAGGUGAUGCUCUUGACCCAGGAGGCCAACAUAUCUUUCACGCUGGAGGCACCCCCGGUGAACGAUGGCCAUUGGCACAAGGCAGAAGUCUCUCUGCAAGAGUCUCUGGAAUUCAGGCUGUGGCAUGAAGCUUGCCAAGGGGGCAUCUGCCUGUUCAGACAUCCCCUUGGCGAGACGACCCCUGUCUCUCUUCUGCCCUCAUUUCUGAAUAUAUACGUUGGGGGAGUCGAGGAGACGUUAAUGAUCAACUGCACGGGACACUUCACUGGUUGCCUGGAAGACUUGCAGAUUGACUCUAAGAUACUCCUACCCGAGGACGUCGAAGGUCUACAGCUUCCUGGGUUUCAACUGGGUUGUGAGAGAACGGAGUGGUGUCAGUCUCAGCCUUGCUCCCACGGUGGCCAAUGCAUUGACUUCUGGACGGACUUCCGCUGUCACUGUUCCCGGCCUUACGAAGGUCACACUUGCUCCUAUGAGUCACCCUCAGCAACCUUCGGCCAGGAUAAUUCUUCUAGCUUUGUCACCUUUGAGGUUCCCGACAGCUUCGGGCCCAAUUUUAACCUCUCCUUUUUCAUCCGGACACGGAAGGCCGAUGGCCUCAUCUUCCAGAUCAGCAACAGAAGUGAUGUUUUCCUCACAGUGUACUUGAAGGAUGGGAGGCUCCAGAUCGAAGCGCCAUCGGCUGCUUCGGUGGGAACUUCUGGAAAUCUGGCCGAUGGCACCAGGCACUUUGUGGUACUCUCCUUCCAUGAAGGCCUCGCUCGGGCCAGCCUAUUAAACAGAGAAGAAGAGCUGGGAGAUCUGGCCAUCGCCCUUCUUGCGGCUAAUUUUGAGAUUCAUGUGGGCGGGCUCCCCCACCAAGAAAACCUGGACCUCUGGGGAGGCCCUUUUAAAGGCUGCCUGCAGGAUAUCCAACUCAACCACUACCAGAUGCAGUUUUUCCCUCCUCCAGAUAACGACAGCCUUCCACAGGAUGUGUAUGUGGGGCAAUACCAGAACGUUGUUCCAGAAUGCCUCUCGGAUAAUGCCUGCAAGUCUUCUCCUUGCCUCAACGGUGGUCUCUGUACCGUCACCUGGAAUGACUUCAACUGCAGUUGCCCACCCAACUUUACUGGAAAAUGUUGCGAGGAGAAAGUCUGGUGCCAAAAAGAUUUGUGUCCUCCAGCUACUGCUUGUGUGGAUGUCCCCUCCGGUUAUGUUUGUCUGGCCAAUGCCACAUUUGACGAGCACGAUGCCGUUGAAUUCACAGCAAACAUGUCUAUCGCCAGAGCUCUUCACAGCCUCCGCCUGGAUUUCAGGACGCGAGAUAGCGACGCCGUUUUGAUGCAAGCCACAGAGGAAGUCGAUUCCCUUCUGGUGGCUAUUCAAAACUCUUCACUCCUGGUUGAAAUCCGGAGCGGGAAUGGAGUCGAGGGAGCAAGCUUUCUCAGGCCCACGCCCAUCGCCGAUGGCUCCUGGCACACCCUCUUGUUGACCAUGGAAGAGCCCUCAGCCUAUUCAUCAAGGUGGCACCUCCAACUGGAUGAUUCCACCAAUACAACUCUCCUGGGUAAUGCCGGCAACUUGGAUUUCUUAAAAAGCGACGCAUUUAUUGUCUUGGCUGAAAACUUCACGGGCUGCCUCGGACACGUAGACAUUGGGGGCCUGUUUUUGCCUCUGUCCAGCCACCCUUUUUACCCACAGCCAGAACAAUUCGUUCAGGUGACAGGCAGGGCCCUCCUUCUGGGCUGCCAGGGAGCAGACAUCUGUUCUUCCAAUCCGUGUCAUCACAAAGGCUCCUGCUUGGACCUCUUCAACGCCUUCGGUUGUGACUGCCAGCCUGGGUGGGAAGGGCCGCUGUGUGAGACCAACACGGAUGAGUGCAAAUCUAGCCCAUGUCUUCACGGCGAGUGCGAAGACCUAGUGGGGGACUUCCAGUGCGUCUGUCAUAAGGGCUUCAUCGGGAAACGUUGCCAUAUCAACGUAGACGACUGUGUAAGGCACCAAUGCCAGAAUGGAGGGACCUGUGUGGAUGACGUCUACAGCUACUCCUGCAAAUGCCCGCCAGAAUACUUUGGGCCCCUCUGCGAGUGGCCCUUCCCCCCUGAACAAUGUGGCGAGAACUUCACCUGUUUGAACGGCGGCAAAUGCGUGAAUGGCCCUUGGGGAGCCAACUGCAGCUGCAAGAUUGGCUACACGGGGAAGAAGUGCCAGAUCAACGUCAGCGAUUGUGAUCCCAACCCCUGCAAAAACGGGGGGACGUGUCAGCACUCCAUGAAUCGGUCCUGGUGUAUUUGCGGUGCCAGCUACGCAGGAGAAUAUUGUGAUGUCAGUAGAGGGAGCCUUCCAGGCCCUGCCUUCCCCUUCCCCUUGGUUGAAGUGGCAGUUCCGGUCGUCUGCAGCUGCCUCUUUCUUCUCAUCAUCAUCCUCGUCCUCAUGAUCCUCACCGCCCGGAAGAGACGCCAGUCGGAGGGAACCUACAGCCCGAGCCAGCAGGAAGUGGCUGGAGCUCGCCUGGAGAUGGACAGCGUCCUCAAAGUCCCACCAGAAGAACGUUUAAUAUAAGCAACAAGGGGAUUUCAUAAAAGUUGGCACUUGGAAUGUGGGCAGAGUGCUCCUUCCAAAAGACCAGGACGGCAGUCGAGUUGGACGCCCGUUAAGUGGGCGGCCCACCUGUGCACCUGGGACCUUUGAGGACCUAUACAUCUGCCUUGUGGGUUCCUCUCUGGCAGUGGCAGCAACCGGCUUCACAAUCGUACCACACACCUGUCCACUCCCAUGCUUCAGAAGGGCCGUUCCAACCCAAGAGGCUGCCUUGGCAAGUUGCUGUGAGGAAGGACGAUCGCCCACAGACUUCUCUUGAGCAUCGACCAACCGACUGGAGAAUCCACACGGAAGCCCUGCCUCUCUCCUCGGUGUGGUUUAGACUCUUUGCGAUGGCCCCCAGGGUGGAGUUACAAAGUGGUCAUGUUGGGUUGGACGAUUGUGGCAUUCUCAAAAGGCUCUACUUGUUUAAGAGGGUUGUGAUGGCUCUGGUUUUGACCUGGUGGGUGGGUGGGGAGGAUCCGGAGGCCUCAUCUCUAGAGGCAGGGAUAGGACGUCCUAAAUGGUCAGGAUUGGCUAAAACGAGAGGCGCGAUGAAGACACAACAGCUGGGCCAAUGCACUUCCUCACUUUUGACAAUGGGUGCAUUGCCUAUAGGACUGCUCUAGGGGGACCUAGUUAUGGACAAGGCUCACAAGGAAAGUCUCAAAUGCUGUCCCAAGUGGUUGAGAACACCUUGACCUAUCCUGGUGAUCAGCAUGAGACCACGUCAGCAGCGCCAUGCUUCUUGGAGUGGUUGGAACUACUGAGCUGCUCCUCAUCCCUUCAGACAUCUCAGGUGUGUCCAUAAAGAGAAGAUGGACUACUUGAGAAGCCAACAAGCCAAGCCACCAGGAGACCACAGGGUAUGAGCUGAGGCGCUGAGGCACUGCCUCUGCUGAGCUGAAUGCCAGUUGAUAGAGAGGAGUUCAGAGGUGAUAUUCAGACAGUUCAGAUCAGUUCAUCCGAACCGGUAGCAGAAAUCGCGGGUGGAAGGCUCUAUGCGUACAUAUUUAGGCACGUUUUUGAGGCCGUUCAAACGCGCGGUAGGAGUGCACCCAGCAAAGCACACGCAUGGUAGCUCUGGCGCAUGUGUAAAGGCUGCGCACGCGCUCACAUUUGCAAACUGACAGGGAAGGUAAGUGCAUACCACCCCUGGAGGAGUUAGGUUCAAAAAUCUCUUCCCCCAUUUAUUGUCGUGGCCAAUAUCUUCUGGGCCUUGCCUGCAGCCUUGCCAGUUGGCCAGAAGGUCAGAACAGCCAUAGUCCCUGUCGGACUUCGGUGUUUGCAAAACAACCUGCUACGGUUGAAUGUAAAUUAGCUCAGAGGAUACGAAGGAAAGAGGCACCAGGACUGGGUUGAAGUGUAUUGUUUUGGACUGUGAAAAGCUGAGCAGCUCUUGGCUGGGAACUCAACACAAACUGCACACCGAUCAUUAGACACACACCGCAGCUGCGAGACAGAAGAGGGCGAACAACAAAAAAACUGUUUAACCCCAAUAACACGCCACAAAAAGUCCAAAAUCCUCUUCUUUCACAGAACAAAACAUUAUCUCAAUCAUGACCCCUCGAGUACCUACCAUUUCUGUGACCUCCUCCAUGCGUUCAGGUACAAUGGACCAUCCUAAAGUGCCUUGUAAACAAACCACUUGAAAAAGCAUUAACCCAAGAUCCCUCAGCUUCACUUCACUUCGCCCUUCGGUUAUAAUUUUUGAUAGACGUGGAAACGAUUCCACUCCAAGAACACUCCUUAAAAGCCAUCUUCCCCCAGGGGAAGUUCAGGUUUCUACGCUAGUACAUAGUGGGUAGAAGUUUAAUUCUUGCUAACCAAGAUUUAUCCUGUUUUAAUGUAGGUUGGCAUAUUUAGCUGGAGAAUUUCAGUCUUAAGUUUUAGUCUCAGCUUUACUUGACUCAUUCAUCUGGACCAGGGGUCAGCAACCUGCGGCUCUGGAGCCGCAUGUAGCUCUUUCACCCCUCUGCUGUGGCUCCCUGUCGCUCAACAUAUGUGUCACAACUGCCAAUGCCCGACACCGGCACGUGAUUUAUUGAGCUUUUCGACUCCCGGUAGGCCAACCAUGGAUUAAAUCCAAGAAAAGUUUCAGAAGAAAACAGAAUGUUUAAUUCAACUACAUAUGCUAGUUUUGUGGCCGCUCAGGAAAUAGUCAGGCACAGGAAGGGUUUUGUGGCUCCCGGUUUUUUCCUUUGUUUGGGAAACGGGUCCAAAUGGCUCUUGAGAGUGUUUAAGGUUGCCGACCCCUGAUCUGGACCAUGCAAUGCACUGACACCUGGUGUUAAGAUUUAUUUCGAGGACUAGUCAUUAUGCCAAAGGACUUCAAUUUAAUUCCCUGUCACACCCCGCAAAACGUUUGCCCUCCUUUUCAGAGAAGCAGCCAUUCUUCCUUCAAAUUGCUCAAAGCCCCAUUUAGAUCCACCAGCGUUGAAACCUUUCUGCCAUUUAAUUUAUUUUUGUUUUCUAAUGUGAACUUUUUGAUAUUUAAAUUUGGGGUUUAUUUUUUCACGGAACGUUUGCCGCAGGUGGGAACAUCUGUUUACGCAAAUGUAAGAAACCCAAUCCUGGUAAAUAAUCCCAAUUGUAAUUAAAAAUGUAUACACAGAAGCAUUAUCUGGGCUCUUUAACUUGAAACGGUGUUGACGUGGUAAGAGCUGGGGCCAUCAGUUGUCCAAGAGUCCAAAAUGGAAGGUAGGCCAAACAGCCUCAUGAAAAAGGAGAAACGGACUUAUCAGAAUACAGGUAGUCCUUGCUUUACGACCAUACUUGAGCCCCAAAUUUUGGUUGCUAAGUGAGACAUAUGUUAAAAUGAAUUUUGCCCCAUUUCCCAACCGUUCUUGCCACGCACGGUUGUUAAGUGAAUUACUAAACUUGUCAGGUUAAUAACCCGGUUGUUAAGUGAAUCUUAACAAAGAUUCUAAAAGGGGACGCAGUGGCUCAGAUGUUGAGCUUGUUGAUCAAAAGAUCGGCAGUUCGAAUCCCUAGUGCUGCCGCGUAAUGGGGUGAGCUCCCGUGACUUGUCCCAGCUUCUGCCAACCUAGCAGUUCAAAAGCACGUAAAAAAUGCAAGUAGGAAAAUAGGGACCACCUUUGGUGGGAAGGGAACAGGGUUCCAUGCGCCUUUGGCAUUGAGUCAUGCCGGCCACAUGACCACGGAGACGUCUUCGGACAGCGCUGGCUCUUCGGCUUUGAAACAGAGAUGAGCACCGCCCCCUAGAGUCGGGAACGACUAGCACAUAUGUGUGACGGGAACUUUUACCUUUACUUUUAAAUGAAUCUGGCUUCCCCAUUGACUUUGCUUGUCAGAAGAUCACAAAAGGAGGAUCACGUUAGCCCCGGGACACUACAAUGGUCAUACAAGUGAGUCAGUUCCCAAGUGUCCUAAUUUUGAUCACGUGAUCACGGGCAUGCUGCAACGGUCGUAAGUGUGAGGAACAGUCAUAAGUCAAAUGUCUAUGGAGAUUCUCAGUCCUCCAGGUCAUGGUUUAUCCCAAAGGUGCAUUUUCAGGAGGCAACGGGACUUUCUGGUUUUUUUCUUUUGAAGGCGUUUCACUUCUCAUCCAAGAAGCUUCUUCAGCUCUGAUUAGGUGAUGGUGGGGAAUGGAAGGAUUUAUAUUCCUUGCAGGCAGCUGGUCACUUGCAUCUUUGAGAGAGUCAUUGAGGCCACUUGGAGGUUUAUCUCGGGGGUCACCUGAGUGGUGUUCCUGUAGUCUGCAAUUUUUCCUCUGGAAAUCCAUUUCUACUCCCACCCCAUUCCAAGGAUGUUCAUCCCAAAUUGUGUAGAUAAAUGUCUGUAGAGAUUCUCAGUCCUCCAGGUCAUGGUUGUCCUAAAGGUGCUUGUUUUUCAGGAGGCAACUAGACUUUCUCGUUUUUUUUCUCUGAAGACGUUUCGCUUCUCAUCCAAAAAGCUUCUUCAGCUCUGACUGGAUGAUGGUGGGGAAUGGAAGGAUUUAUGCUCCGUGCAGAAAAUUGGUUCAUUCGCAUCCUUUUUAUAGAGCCGUUGAGGCCGCUUGGAGGUUUAUCUGUGUCCUCAGGGUCUCCUGAGUGGUGCAAAUGGGUGUGGAGCCUUCUUGGAACUCUUGAAGUGGCCUCAAAAGGAUGCAAAUGACCAGCCAUCUGCAAGGAGCAUAAAUCCCCCCGUUCCCCACCACCAUCCAGUCAGAGCUGAAGA